AUGUUGAAAACAUCGAUCCAGGAUUCAAGAAAACCAACCAAAAUAAUGCUGGGUUAUAACAUGGAAGACACAGAGCCUUGGGCCGCGGUGGUUACCCCUGCCCCCGUGUCCAUGAGUGUAUAUAAGCGUUCCUCUCUCCGUGAAAGACAUCAGUGUGAUCGCAUUCCUCUUGUUAACAACAUGGCAGCCAAGGUUAUUGUCCUAGCGGCGAUGGUAGGUCUGAUUGCGGCGGCGCCUCAGUACAACUACGAGCCCCCUCAGGCGCCCUCUUCCCUCUACGAGACGCCCUUGGAUGCCGAACCUCAGAAUCUCGUCCCUGCAGUUGUCAGCCCGCCGAUGCAAGGAAUGCCGUACGACUUCACGUGGGGCGUCGAGGACGGCGCCAGCGGCAACGCCUUCAGCCACGUGGAGAACAGCGACGGCCAGACGACCCAGGGCGAGUACCGCGUCCUUCUUCCCGACGGACGAACUCAGGUGGUCAAGUUCUACGACAACGGCGACGGCUUCAACGCUGAAGUCACCUACGAGAAGUAA